GUAGAAAGGAAAAGUAUAGCUUUUGGAUAGUGAUAGUUGGAAAUAUUUAAAGGAGAUAAUAAAAUUAAACUGUGUGUGAUUGCGACAGGGAGAACGAAACAGUUCAAGUUGUGAGAAUACAAACCUGUAAGUACAGUGAGAAAAGCAGUGUGAGAAAAUCGAUUAACAUACACCUUUGCCUCCCCUUAGCACGGCGACCUGAAAUUGCGAUUCGGCAGUUAAGGUAUCUCACCCUAACUUGACCUAAAAUACAACAAUAUAGCGGUAGAUACGACAAUCAGGAAGCGUGGAAAAUAGGGAGAAACUACUUCUUUUUGAGCGUUACCGUAAAACCAAUCGGUUGCUACAAAAAAUUUAGUUCCGUAUCCGAACAUUCUCAAAAAGAAGUAACACAGGUAGUGUUUACUAGGGAUGUCGGACUUACCCCACGAUACGCCUUCCGAUUUCGAAUCUGCAUCACAAAUGGAUUUGACCUCAACUCCAUGCGGAAUCUGCGGUCCGUCGACUUGUGACGAACAAAUGAUUGGUUGCGACGGUUGUUUAAAAUGGUUCCACACUCGUUGCCUGGGAGUAAAGGAGGAUUCAAUUCCGGAUAAGUGGUACUGCCAAAGCAAAGCCUGCCGGAAACAGGCCCAGGAGUACCAACAGAAGCGGAAGGAUGCCAAAAGGCGCGAAUCUGAUAAAUCCAGUGUAGGUACGCUGGCAGGUACUUCCAGCGUGGAACAAAGACUGAAAGCGUUGGAGGAAAAGCAGAAGCGACAGACUGAGGAGAUGGAGGCGGAGAUGAUGCUGCAGCAAAAGGAGAGAAUGAUGCAGCGCGCAUUCGAAAGGAAGAAAAUGGAGAUGGAGAUGAGAAGGCGUGAAGAAGACGAAGAAGAAGAAAAGGCGUGGCAGGUGGAGAUGCUGCAGAGAAAGAAGGCGCAGAUCGAGCGAAUGAAGGCGAAUCGUCAGGCAUUUGAAAAUAAAAUGGCCGAGCUGGACGAUGAGCUGAAAGCAUUGGCGGUCAUGAAAGGUGCGUCGAAAACAGAUGACUACAGCUCGCAAGCGCAUUGUUCCUCUAGAGUCGGCAAGAUGUGCGAAGACGAGAGCGAUUCCGACAACUAUUCCGACCACCAGAGUCAAUACUCCCGACGACUGUCAGACAAGAAAGAGAACAAUACUCCACCAACUUCACCAAGAAUGAAGGAGAAGGUCGUCGAGGAGAGCCAAUAUGGACUGAGGCAGGCGCAAACUAGACCUACAAAGGCCCAGAUGGCCGCGAGGAAGGGAUUGACAACAAAACUUCCCAAGUUCUCCGGUAAGCCCAAACAGUGGCCGUUGUUCUAUGCGUCGUAUAAAGUGUCCAACGAAACCUGCGGGUACAUGAACCACGAAAACUUGGUGCGACUUCAGGAGUGUCUGGAAGGAAGAGCCUUGGAGCUAGUAUCCGGUCAGUUGUUGCUUCCUGAAUCGGUCCCAAGAGUUAUUGAAAAACUGCAUCGACACUAUGGUCGUCCGGAACAACUUCUCCAGGAGUUUUUGAAUCAAAUCGACGAAUUAGAACCACCAAAACCUGACAAUCUGCGGAGUUUUAUUCCAUUCGGAAACACUGUGGAACAACUCUGCGAACAUCUCGAGGCCGCAGGACUACGACAACACCUUGUCAACCCGCUGCUAAUAAAAUCUCUGGUUGCAAAGAUACCAGACCGCGACAAGCGUGAUUGGAUUCACUAUCAACGAAUCCACGCUUCAGGAGAGCCAACAUUGCGAACACUGACAGAUUUCCUGAUGGAUAUCGUCGAUGAUGCGUGCGAUGUAGAUGUCGACAUGCAACCGGCGCUCCAGCGCAAAGGAGGGGCACAACCGGGAAACAAAAGAGUAAAGGAGAAAGGCGCGUUAUACAGCCACAGCGAAACUGGUACCUCGAUUGCAGGUUCAAGCGACCCGGGAAAACUGAAGCCAUGCAAAAUGUGCGAAAGGACGGAUCAUCGCUUGAGGUAUUGUGAGGACUUCAGGAAAAUCGAUUAUGCCGACCGACUGAAGCUAGCAACCCGUGAAAAGCUCUGCAUCGUAUGCCUAAACGAGCACAGCGGACAGUGCAAGUUCAAAAUCCGCUGUAACGUAGGUGAAUGUAGGGAGCGCCAUAACCCGCUAAUGCAUCCGGUCGGAAAUGUGGUCAGUAUGAGCGCGCAUAUCCGAUCGCAUUCGAAAAUCUUGUUUCGGAUGGUUCCGGUCCAGCUACAGUGGGGUAUUCAAUCGGUAACGGUGCUAGCGUUUCUAGACGAAGGCGCCUCUGUCACGUUAUUAGAGAAAAGAGUAGCUGACCGGCUAGGCAUCGUUGGUGUAAAGGAACGGCUGACGAUUAGAUGGACGGCUGACGUGACACGCGAAGAGAAGGAAUCGAGACGAAUGAAUAUUUGGGUAUCGGGUGUCGGAGUAAGCGCAGGUAACAAGCUUCUGUUACACAAUGUUCGCACGGUAGGAAAGCUGACAUUGCCGUACCAAAAAUUGGACUCCCAGGAACUUAUCGCACAGUUCAAACAUAUGCAGGGUUUGACAAUCGAGUCUUACGAUGGACAGCCGGAGUUGCUCAUUGGGUUGAACAACAUCCAUUCAUUUGCUCCGCUGGAAGCUAAAAUGGGCACACCUGUAGAUCCCAUCGCAGUAAAAUGCAACCUCGGAUGGACGGUUUACGGGCCAAAAAACCCUAUUACAGCUUCAGUGGGUAAUUACCUCGGUUAUCACAAGGAGAUUACCAACGAAGAUCUGCAUGAAUUACUCAGAAGCCACUACGCGCUAGAAGAGUCGGUUGUAAUAGUACCACGGGAAACGGAGGAAGACCGACGGGCACGGAAAAUACUCGAGCACACUACAAAACGAGUCUGCGAGCGUUUCGAAACCGGACUUUUAUGGAAGACCGAUGAUCCACACUUCCCAAACAGUUAUCCCAUGGCAUUGCGACGAUUGAAGCAGCUAGAGAAACGAUUGGAAAAGAAUCCGACAUUAUGCGCGAACGUUAACAUGCAGAUAGACGAGUACCAGCGAAAAGGUUAUGCACACCUAGCUACUGCCGACGAGUUGGCCCAGACUGCACCUGAAAAGGUCUGGUACCUCCCGCUCAACGUCGUCCGAAACCCGAAAAAACCUGAUAAGAUACGGCUCGUAUGGGACGCUGCAGCAACCGUACAAGGAGUCUCACUCAAUUCACAACUGCUUAAAGGGCCAGACUUACUUGUUCCGUUGGUGAAGGUCAUCAUCGGUUUUCGUGAACGACGAAUAGCAUUCGGCGGGGAUCUAAAAGAGAUGUUCCAUCAGCUGAAAAUCCGUGCCGAGGAUAAACAAGCACAGCGUUUCAUCUUCAGAAAGUCUUCAGACGAUCCCCCAAGUGUCUAUCUAGCCGUCCAGUAUCCAGAAGCGGCUGCGGCUAUCAUAAACCGACAUUACGUAGAUGACUACUUCGACAGUACCGACACGGUUAAAGCUGCAGCAAAGCUGGCAACAGAGAUCCGCUUGGUGCACUCGAAGGGCGGUUUCGAGAUUCGUAACUGGGUAUCCAACUCACCGGAAUUUCUUAAGUGCCUGGGAGAGGAGAAACCCGUCGCACCGGUACACUUCAACCGCGAUAAGGAAACAUUCCAAGAGCGGGUUCUAGGAGUUAUAUGGAAUCCGGAAACGGAUGAGUUUUCCUUCUCUACACGACAUCGCGAGGAGUUGUUGGAAUACCUGUACGAAGGCAAACGACCAACAAAACGACUGGUCGCAAGCUGUGUGAUGGGAUUCUUUGAUCCACUCGGGUUGCUGUCUCCGUUCACUAUCCACGGCAAAAUUAUUAUUCAGCAUCUGUGGCGUUCGAAAUGCGACUGGGAUCAAGAAAUCGAUUCCGAUUGCUGGGACCUGUGGAAGCGCUGGACCGAUCUCCUGUCUGAUGUGGAAGCAAUACGGAUACCACGUUGUUACAUCGGCGAGGCCAAAACCGACGAAAUUGAGUCGUUGGAGGUACACAUCUUUACCGAUGCCAGCGACCUUGCGUACGGUUGCGCGGCGUAUUUGCGUGUGGUCGCUCGAGGUGUAGUGCGAUGCAGUCUUAUUAUGUCUAGAGCAAAGGUAGCACCUCUGAAACGCCAGUCAAUUCCUCGUUUGGAGCUGAUGGGUGCGGUUUUGGGGGCUCGGCUAUCACAAACAAUCUUGAGCACACACACCCAUAAGAUCGCUCGUACUGUUUUCUGGACAGAUUCUCGUACCGUGUGCAGUUGGCUUCGUUCAGACCAACACAAAUAUAAACAGUUUGUUGCAUUCCGAGUAGGAGAAAUUUGGGAGCUUACGAAUGUGAAAGACUGGCGAUGGAUCCCGACAAAACUCAACAUUGCGGAUGUGCUAACUAAGUGGGGACAAGGCCCACCACUGCAAAGCGAUGGAGAGUGGUUUACCGGAAUAGCGUUUUUGUAUCUUCCGCAAUACCAGUGGCCGUCGGAAGAGGCCACGUUUGACGAAACAGAAGAGGAAGUAAGAGGUGCUAUCUUGUUCCACGGAUUGAUCGACGCCGAGGUGCUUUCCCGCUGGACGAGACUGCUGAGGGUGACAGCGAGUGUUAUUCGUUUUGUUGCUAAUUGUCGACGCAAGCAAAAAGGUGAGCCAAUAAUGACAUCACAAGCUACGGCAAAGCAACAAAAGAUGAUCGAUAGAAUUGUAAUGAAGUGUGCGACGGUACAGGGACCACUUACAAAAGAAGAAUUCCAGCAAGCUGAAGUAGUUCUAUGGCGGCAGGUCCAGUGGGACAGUUUCCCGGAUGAAAUGAGUGCGCUCUCCAACAAUUUAAAACGUCAACCGGGUGAGCCAUUAGAAGCCGUGAAAAAGGGAAGCUGUAUCUACAAGAGCUCUCCAAUCUUGGAUGAAGAAGGUGUGCUGCGGAUGGAUGGCAGAAUGACGAAUGCGAAUGAGUGUUCUUUCGACAAAAGGCAUCCAAUAAUUCUGUCGCGUUCACACGAAAUCACGCAGAAAUUGAUUCAGCAUCACCACGAGGAGUUUGGACACGCGAAUUCGGAGACCGUCUUCAAUGAAAUGCGACAGCGGUUCCAGAUCCCUAAGCUGCGGCCAGCUAGCAAAAGUGUGGUGAAGAGAUGCGUUUGGUGCAAAGUAAACAAGUGCCGUCCACGAGCUCCUAGGAUGGCCCCACUGCCCGUAGAACGAGUAAGUUCUAGCAUGCGGCCAUUUAGUUCUGUGAGCAUCGACUACCUUGGUCCGCUCGAGGUGAUGAUUGGUCGACGGAAGGAAAAGCGUUGGGUGGCUAUAUUUACUUGUUUGGCAGUACGCGCGGUGCAUUUGGAGGUGGUUCACAGUCUAACCACCGAAUCAUGUCGAAUGGCUAUCAGUCGUUUCCGCAGCAGGUUUGGCAAGCCGAAUCACAUUUUCUCAGAUAAUGCAACCUGUUUUCGAGGUACAAACAACGAGGUAGUGAAAAUGGAGAAGAUAAAUGGGGAGUGCGCCGAACGUCUGGCUAGUCCUGUAACAUCUUGGCACUUCAAUCCUCCGGGAACACCCCAUAUGGGGGGAAUCUGGGAAAGAAUGGUGCGGUCUGUGAAAGACGCAAUGCGGGCGCUCGAUGACGGGCGGAAGCUGACGGAUGAAAUCUUAUCGACAACAUUGGCUAAAGUGGCGGACAUGAUAAACACACGUCCGUUGACCUAUUUGCCACAAGACUCGGAAGAAACAGAAGCACUGACCCCAAAUCACUUCUUACGGGGAACGGUGACCGGUGCGGAUACGUGCCUAGAAGAUGGACCGUCCAAUUCGGCAGAAGCACUGCGGAAUCUUUACAAACGCUCACAAUACCUUGCUGAAAAAAUGUGGGAAAGAUGGCGUAAAGAAUACUUGCCAACAAUAAACCCACGUUCGAAAUGGCACGACGAGCAGAAACCGCUGAAAAUGGGAGACUUGGUGUUCGUGGUCGACGGAAAGAAUAGGAAAGGCUGGAAACGAGGCAUCGUCGAGGCAGUUAUUCAAGGCAUAGACGGACGAGUGCGACAGGUAGAUGUGAGGACUGCUGAUGGCAGUGUUCAGAGACGUGGCGUGGUGAAUCUAGCGGUGUUAGAGAUUGAGUAA